CGGUAAACAAAAUAACGAAAAAUAUUACCAUCGGUAUACAUUUUUCAAGUCAAGUUUUUCAAGGUAUUCAUUCAACUUUUGCCAAUUCCCCAUCAUGGCCAAAUCUGCUCGUUCCAAGACCGUUCGCAGAAACAAAAGAGCUCUCCGAGCAAAUGUUUUUCAACCCGUAGUUGAUGAACGAACAAAGAGACUUUCAGCCCAUCUUCAAGACCAAGUUAAUGACUUGACAAAGUCUCCUGCCAAUCGAGAUGAAAAAAUUGCAGAUAAAGCCGUAGAAGAAGUUACCUCUGAGGCCCCCCAAGGUGGCUCUAUGGAUGAGGAUAAGCCUAAGAUAUCGACAUCUGGUCCUCGUGACAAUAACAGAAACCGUUGGGCCAAGAAGCAUUUAAAGCAAGGAAAGCGUCAAAAGCAAAAUUCGUUCGCAAAGUUCAUGAAGAAGAAGUAAAGCUUUUAUGCUUUAUGAAUGGAGCUUUUUCUAGAUUAUUUGGGUACUGUUCUUGUCAAUGGGAACAAUCGGAUGUGUUCUGGUUUUUUGACUGAUAUCGGUAUUUUUAUCGCUGCUCAUAUUCUUAUCUCGAUUUUUUCUGGGUUUUAAUGUAGUUUGUAUACAAUGGGUUUAUUUAAAAAGUGGUAAUAAUGAAUGAUGGUAUUGUGCGCUUUACAAACUUGAACAUCUA